AAAUAUUGAAUAUUGAGUGGCGUUAGUCAAAAGGCAUGAAUGAAGUGAAAGCGCAGGUGCAACGACGCGGGAAAGGAAUCAAUCAUUCUUUCAACUCUCACCCAACACCUUCAUCAUCGCCUUCUCUUUGCAGUACAUGUUCUGAGUGACCACCUUUACUUGGCUAAUCAACAAACAAUGUAUCCAAAGGUGAAGAAGUUAAGACAGGAACAACUUAAGGUUCAAAAAGAUGAAUACGAUGAUGUACGAGACCUUGGUUUGAAAGCUUUCCUCUCUUUAUCCUUCCAUUCUCCCACUUCUCCCGUAAAAGACCACAAAGUUGUUUCUAUGCCAUUUAUUGUCAAAGUACCGAAGUGUUAUGUGCCACAAGUACCAAUUCCACGAGUACCUGUGACCGAUGAUUUUGGUGACUGCAGUUUUGCAUCCGAUUCUUCAGGAUCUGCAGGACCAGAGAAGGAUGGAGAUACUGAUAAUGAGAGUAAAGUAAAUAUUAGAUCCGACUUCAUUCCACGAGUAUCUGUAACUGAAGAUUUUGAGGACUUCAGUUUGAUAUCCAAUUUGUCAGGACCAGGGGGACUAGAGAAGGACGGAAAAUCCGAGAAGGAUGGCAAUAGUGAUGAUGAGAAUAAAGUAAACAUUAGAGCUAGUUCAAUUCAACGCCCUCGUGCUGUCGUUUCUAGUCCUGAAAAUGACAUAUUGAUCGGGAACCGAAACAAGAUAGGAAAUGGAAGACAAUCUGCUUUGAAGAACAGAACUGUUUUGCCAAAUAGACAUUCACAAGCUCAAUGUAAAGUGAAAUCACACGACACUACUGAUAUUCCUCCCGAUUCAAGAAAAUGCGCAGAGCCUAAGUCUAAAGAUAAAAUUGAUCCUGUAGGAAAGAAAAAGGUGCAUAAAGGUAGCAUCAAAACUGAAAGUUUACACAGGCACUGGAAGUUUUAGUUUUCUUCUUUAUAAUUUAGGAGCACGACAAGCUACCAAUUGGUAGCAAAAAUAUAUUAAGAUCUUUAUCUAGGAUUAGUUUCUCUCCCAAGGAAAAAGAAAUUAAAGAAUAAUAAUAUAGUGCAUAUUUAAUAAUUCAGCACCAGUUUGCAAUGUUUACUUGUGUGGAUAUAAGAUUUUUAAGCAACAAGCCAAUGCCUGAGCUAUUAUAUACUUUCUUUUUCUUUUGCUUCAUAUAUGAUUGUUUUUCUCUCUGUAAGAUUGAUUUAGGAAAAAGAAUUCGAUGUCUGGUAUCUUAUAUAUCAGUGCUUCAUGGUAAGCCAUGUGUAUAAGAUGAAUAUCUUGUUAUGUGUAUGUGUAUAUUAAGGGACUGUUUAACUAAUUCUACAA